CAGAGCAGAGUUGGUGUGGCUGAAAUAUGGCUACAGUGCUACUUCAGGCGUUGGAGCGCGCUGAGAUAGCGAAGCUACCAAAAGCUGUUCAAAAUAAACUAGAAAAGUUAUUUUCUGAUCUGCAAUAUGAAAUAGAUUCCCUCAAGUCACACCAGGAGCAAUUUAGAGUCGAUAGCGAACAACAGUUCUUUGAGAAAGUGCAACGUCUUGAACAGAGUCAGGAGCAGUUUGUGACCCAGACUGAACAGCACCACAAACUCCGAGAGGAGUUCACCAAGAUCGAUGAAGAACUCAAGAGUGUACUAGAAAAGAAUAAAGAGUAUGAAAUCAACCAAGAGAAGUUGACAUCUGAACAGGCCCAGCUCUGUAAAGCCAAAAAUGAACUGGAGGCAGAGAAGCGGGAGCUUGUGCGUACAUUGGAGAGGAGAUCCCAGGAAGUGGCCUAUCUGAGUGAGGACCUGCAGCGCCUCAAUGACAAAGUGGCGGAAGUCAAUGCCUCAAAGAUGGGGCUGCAGCUCAAGUUUGAUGAGCUUGAAUCCUCAGAGGUCAACAUCAAGUACCGUGAGAAGCGUAUGGAGCAGGAAAAGGAGCUGUUGCGAGGCCAGACUGCCUGGCUGAACGCAGAGCUAAAGGCUAAAAGUGAGGAGCUACUGGCUCUUUCACGCCAGAAGGGCAACCAGAUCCUGGAGCUGAAGUGCAGCUUGGAGAACAAAGAGGAUGAGUUGAACAGAGUCCAGGACCAAGUGACCAGUUUGAAGACUUCAAAUGAAGGCCUUCAGAAGCAGGCUGAAGACAUAAUCAACAAACUGAAAGAGGAUAAGGAGCAGCAGGCUAGCAUGGAGGAGAAGUUUAGAAACGAGCUAAAUGCCAACAUAAAGCUCUCCAACUUGUACAAGGGAGCUGCUGCAGACUCUGAGUCCAAGAGUGAGGAAUUGAGUGGGGCUGUAGAGGAGCUGCACAAGCUGCUGAAAGAUGCUGGAGAGGCGAACAAGGCCCUAGAGGUGAGGUUGCAGGAGAUGGAUGACUGUCGGGACAAUGAGGCUGCUGCGCUGAAGGAGAGGAUCAUCAAUUUGGAAAAAGAACUGGAGAACGCCAACGAACUGCUGUCCGACACCAAGCUCAAAGGCUCUGCCGGUGCAGCCUCAGUGCUGUCAGAGGAAACGAUUACCACCAUGUCCCCGACCGCAGUCGCCGUUGCCAAGAUAGUCAAACCUGGCAUGAAGCUGACUGAGUUGUACACAGCGUAUGUGGAGACCCAGGAGGCACUGCAGCUGGAGCGUGUGGAGAACAAGCGGGUGAAUAAGUACUUGGAUGACAUAGUGCAGGAGGUGGAGGCUAAGGGUCCCAUCCUCAAACGCCAGAGGGAUGAGCAUGAGCGUAUGCAGAAAUCUGUGGCCAGCCUUUCAUCCAAGCUAGAACAGGCAGUUAAGGAGGUUCACCGUCUGCAGAAGGUGACUGACGAGGCCAACAAGCGCUCUUCUGUCCUGGAGAGAGACAACCAGAGGUCUGAUGUGCAGCUUGCAGACAUGGGGCAGCAGAUCCGUGUCCUACUCAUUGAGCUGGAGGAGGCGCGUGGUAACCAUGUAGCCCACGAUGAGGAGGUGAGCUCUGCUGACAUCAGCAGCACGUCAGAGGUCAUCACGCAGCAUCUGGUGACGUUUCGUGGGGUGGAGGAGCUCCAGCAGCAGAACCAGCGCCUCCUGGUGGCCCUCCGAGAGCUCAGCGAAGCACAGGAGAGGGAGGAGGAAGAGACCACUGGCACCAAGUGCAGUGAGUUGGAGCGCAGUCUGGAGAAGGCCCAGGCAGAGCUGGAGGCUCUGCGAGAGCAGCGUAGCCACCAGAUGCAGCUGGCUGAGUCCAUCGUUAGGCAGAGAGAUAUGUACAGAGUGCUGCUGGCCCAGGCCACCGGAGUCAGCUUCCCUCAGCAAGGUGCAGCAGCUGCUGAGGAGUUCUCUAGCACCCCCCGCCGCUCCCCAGCCGCCACCCCCACCACACCCACUGGAAUCAUUACUAUGGCAACCGAGUCAACCGAGGUGGUAGAGGCCAAGGCAGCCCUCCGACAGUUGCAGGAAGUGUUCUCUUCCUAUAAGAGGGAGAGGUCUGAGAGUGACAAGGCCCUGAUGGAGCAGAGUGAGAAGCUACAGAAGCAAGUGUCUGACCAGAGAUUCCAGAAUGCCAAGAUAUCCACCCAACUGGAGUUUACCUCCAAGAGGUAUGAGAUGCUUCAGGAUAAUGUUAAGGGCUACAGGAAGGAGAUUGCCUCUCUGAUGGAGAAGGGACAGAAGAUGGCUGCUGCAGCCCAGACGUGUGAGCAGACUGUUCACACCAUGACCCAGGACCUGAGGGUUGCCCAGGAGAAACUAAACAUGGCAGAGGGUCGUGCUGAGAGCCUCAGGAAGGAGAUAGAGAUGCUGAAGCUAGUGGAGUCCAGACUGACCCAGGAGAAGGAGACCAUGCAGACCCAACAACGAGGACAGAACAUGCUGCUCACCAAUCUCAAGACCAUAGAGGCCACGUUGGAGCGCUCCGAGACAGACACCAGGCAGCGUCUGAACGCCCAGAUAGAGAAGCAGGAGAGGGAGAUCAGCCAGCUGCAGAAGAGACUGGAGCACGAGGUGGAGCAACGCCACCUGCUGAGCAGAAACCAAGAUUUGCAGCUGAUGGAUGCCAAGAGGCAGCUGGAGACUCAGACGGCCCUGCUCCAGAAGACCAGGGAUCAGCUGAGUGCUGCCCAGCUGGAGGUGAGCUCUCUCCGGCUGCAGCAGGGCAGUGGAGAGGGUGGUCGUCUGUCCCUGAGCUCCCCGCCCACUCCCAUGGGCAUCAGAGGUUUCCAGGUUUCAGAAGGGGACUCUGAGGAUCUGCAUGGCCGCCUGAAGCAGGCAGAGACACGGGCAGAGGAGCUGACAGAGCAGCUGAGGACAGCCACCUCCAGCAUGGAGCUGUACAGAGCCAUGGCCCAGAGCCUAGAGGAGUCCCUGGACAAGGAGAUGCAGGUGACAGAGCAGGCUCGGUCUGCCAUUGAGGAGCGUGUGAAGGAAGCCCAGGAGCAGCACCGUCAGUUGGAGAAAAAGCUCCUGGAGGCAGAGAAGGAGAAGCAGGGCCUGCAGGAGGAGAAGAUGAAAGCCCUGGCCUCCGUGGAGCAGCAGGUGGCUGUGCUGAGGAGGAGUCUGAGCAGUGUGCAGGCGGACCACCAGGAGGCUCUACAGAUGGCGGCGGUGGCAGCAGCCCAGGAACAGCAGGCCAUGCUGGACAGCCAGGAGCAGGCAAAGCUGGCGUCAGAGGCACAAGAUAAGUAUGAGCGUGAGAUGAUGCUCCAUGCUGCAGACGUGGAGUCCCUCCAGGCAGCCAAGGCCCAGGCCCUGCAGGCAGCCACGCUCAGACAGCAGCUGGAGGAGAGGGCCCAGAGAGCCUCUGCUCAGCUGCUGGAGGCCAGAGUCUCCUGGGAGGAACAGGAGAGGAUCCUCAAGGAGGAGAUGUCUAAGGUGGUGUCUCGUUCUGAAGAGCUGCAGAGGCAGAACAGCCUCCUCCAUGAACAGAUUCAGACCAUGAGCUGCAAGAUGGCCGCCACCCUGCAGCGCCAGGCCAACGAGAGCCCUCUGAACAUCUCCCUCACGGAGGAAGGCAAGUCUCAGGACCAGGUCCUUGAGAUACUCAGGUUUGUGCGCCGAGAGAAGGAGAUAGCGGAGUCUCGAUUUGAGGUGGCCCAAGGAGAGAGUCUUCGCCAUAGGCUGAGAGUAGAGCACCUGGAGAGAGAGCUGAGAGAACUACAGGAGAGCCUUAGUGCUGAGAGAGAGCGAAUGCAGGUGACAGCUAAGACCCUGGCUAAGCACGAUGAGCUGAUGAAGAAGACUGAGACCAUGAGUGUCCUGAUGGAGACCAACAAGAUGCUGAGGGAGGAGAAGGAGAGGAUGGAGCAGGAGCUCCAGCAGACACAGGCUAAAGUGCGUAAGCUGGAGUCAGACAUAAUGCCCAUGCAGGAGUCCAACGCUGAACUGAGUGAGAAGAGCGGCAUGCUGCAAGCAGAGAAAAGGAUUCUGGAAGAGGACAUCAAACGCUGGAAGGCCAGAACACAGCACCUGGUGAGCCAGCAGAAGGACACAGACCCAGAGGAGUACAAGCGUCUCCACUCUGAGAAGGAGGCUCACCUCAAACGCAUCCAGCAGCUCACUGAGGAGACGGGCAGACUCAAGGCUGAGGUGGCCAGGAGUGGUGGCUCGGUGACGUCCCUCCAGAGCCAGGUGCAGAUGCUGCGUGAGGGUCUGGGGAAGGUGAGCUCUGACAGGGAUGCUCUGAGGAGGAGUAUGGAGGCCAAGAACCUGGACAUCCAGGAGAAGUUCCGCACCAUCACUCAGGUCAAGAAGAUCGGACGCCGCUACAAGACACAGUAUGAGGAGCUCAAGGUGGAGCACGACAAGAUGGUGUUUGAGGCAGCGUCCACCCCAGCCCAGGAGCAGGAGGCCCAGCAGGCCUCAGCCCAGGAGCUCCAGGGUCUGAAGGACUCCCUGGGACAGGCUGAGACCCGGACCAAAGACCUGGAGGGACAGCUGGACAACCUCAACAAGGUGGUGGGUGAGCGUGAGGCGGAGGUGCGCGGGUCGCAGGAGCAGGCCACCAGGCUGCAGACAGAGCUGACCAGGCUGAGACAGGAGCUGCAGGAGAAGGCCUCCCAGGAGGACACCCUCAGACAGCAGAUGGCUGAGAAGGAGGAGAAGACCAGGAAGGCCUUUGUCGGGGCCAAGCAGAGGAUCAACCAGCUUAUGGGCUCCAAGGACCAGCUGCAGAAGGAAAAUGAGGAGCUGAAACAGCAGAGGGAGGAGCUGGAGGUUAGAGUCAGUGCUCUGAAGUCCCAAUACGAGGGCCGUCUGAGCCGCCAGGAGAGGGAGCUGCGGGACCUGAGGGAACAGCAGGAGAGACACGGAGAGCAAAGGGAUGAGCCUCUUGAACAGGGUCCCAGCAAGGCUCAGGAACAGCAGAGGACCACAGAGCAGCGAGGACCACUGAAGACCACCCAAGCUGCAGACCGGGGCAGCACCAGUACCUCUGAGCCCCCUACUGCCAACAUCAAGCCUACCCCUCUGGGUGCUCAAGGCCCCAGCAAGCCCCCUGCCAUCCCAGGGAACAAGCACCCCCGGGCAAGCAUCAGGCCCAUGAUCACCCCCGCCACCGUGCCCACCCCCACCCCUACUGCCACCGUCAUGCCAACCACACAGGUGGAGAACCAGGAAGCCAUGCAGUCAUCCGAGGGCCCGCCUGAGCAUGUGACUGUUUACGGCAGUGCCAGCGGUUCAGUACGGUCAACCAGCCCCAACGUUCAGACCACCAACCCAAUGCUGGUGGUCCAGCAGACCCAGACCCAGACCACAGCCUUCGUCCAGCCAACACAGCAACAGAGCCUGCCCCACACUGAACCAGCCAAUCAGGAGCAGCCCCCGGCCCCAGUAAUGGAAGCGGCACCCAGUUCGCAAAUGGAGAGGCCGUCGACGUCAACAGCCGUGUUUGGGACAGUUUCAGCCACGCCAGGAACAUCUUCCAUGUCCAAGAGACCUCGUGAGGAGGAGCAGGACAGCCCUUAUGGGCCUGACACAGACACCCCCCAGGAGGACCCCUCUGAACCCCCCAUCCCCAAGAAGCUACGCAUCAUCCAGAGAGUCGACCCAGAGGAGCCAGAGGCCCAGGAGGAGGUGCUGGCUGAGGGCAGUGCAGAGGGACUGGUGCCUGGAGAGAGCCAGGAAGCCCCAGAGACCAGCCAGGUGGUGGAGGAGUACCCAGUACUAGAGGAGGCUGAAGAGGGUGCAGCGUCUCAGUCUGUCCCUGUAGAGCUGCUCCUGUCCGAGACCGCAUUCAUCUCAUUUUCAUACGACGCCAACGAAGAACCCCCCCAGCACGAUGUCAUCGUCAUAGUGACCGACUCUGAGAGCGAGGACGAGCAGCAGGAGGAGGUGGAGGUGGAGGAGGAUGAGGAAGAGGAACCGGACUAUGAUGAUGAGGAGGAGGAGGAGGAGGAGGAGGAUGAUGACGAGGAGGAGGAGGAUGAAGAUGAUGGAGGGAUGGGGGAUGAGGGGGAGGAGAGCAAUGAAGGGAGCAGAGAUGGCAAUGAGGCAUAUGAAGGCGACGACACAGAGGGUCCUGAUGGGACAGACCCAGGCACGGAGACGGAGGAGAGUCUAGGAGCAUCUGACUCUACCCAGCGCCCGGCUGACUCCCAGACACACAGCUUCGAGGGCAGCAGCAGUAUGGAAGCCUUCUCAAGUGACCCAACCAGCUCUGCUCCCCGAAUGCACCAGUCUCCACGGAGAGCACCCCAUCCGCUGCCCCCCCGCCUCAACAUCAACCAGGAACGGGGACCCCCUGCUCAGCGCCCCAUGCGCCGCCAGUCGGUAGGCAGAGUCCCUCAGCUCACCCCUGGGAUGGCCAGCGGCGGACAGCACUUUUUUGACGAUGAUGACAGGAUGGUUCCCAGUACUCCUACUCUGGUGCCGCCACACCGCUCUGACAGCUUUGCAGAAGCUAUCCAUUCUCCCCAGGUGGCUGGUGUACCCCGGUUCAGGUUCGGCACCCCAGAGGACCUGAUGCCCCAAACCACCACCUCCCACUCUGACCUGGGACAUCUGGCAUCACAAGGAGGUCUUGGGAUGUAUGAUAGUCCUUUGUUCCUGCCUGGUCAUGAGGAUGAGUCUGGGGGCCUUGGUGUUCCCACCACACCCCUGCAGGUGGCUGCCCCAGUGUCCAUAUUUGCAGAGGUCCCGCCAUCUGACGGCACGGAACACACCUCUCAGUCUGUUCCCAUGGUAACCACCUCAACCCCAGGCUUGGUGGUGGCCGAAGGACCAAGUCCUGGGGACGAGAGGGCUGAUGUUUUCAUGGCGCCGGGGGGAGACCUUGUGGAGGUGUCUCUGGAACCUGUAAUGUCUCGGGCGGGGGAGAUAGAGGAACCUACCCAGGUCUCAGAUGACUGCGGCCUGCCUUCUACCAGCCAGGAACUCUCCUCCAGCUCUGCAGACAGUAGUAGGACUCAGCCCAAACCCUCUAGACCAGGACACAGCCGACAGCUCCAACGCUGGACAGAGAACCGCAUGAGGAGAGGGACGUUGCCAUCACGGGGUGUAACUGGGACUGGGAGGAGAUUUGCCCGAUAAACAACCGAUCAGAGCUCCUGCCCCAACAUUAUUUCCAUCUCCACAAGACAUCAUUCCCGCUACAAGACUGGUCACCAUGGUUCCAAAGAGAACACCUGCGUUUUCCAUAAAUCUAAAUUAUGUAUCUCCUGUAGUUAUGGUGAUCACUGAUCAUUUCAUUGUUAUGAUGAAUAAUCUUCUUUUUUUAUUUUUAGAAUUGUUACGUGGAGUCCUUGCUAAAACAUUGUGGUGUUGGUUUUAUGAAUAAUGAUGCUAAUAAAGUUUGAGAUCCAUUAGGAAAA